GAGCCAUCGAUCGGCAAAGAUAUCUGAGCUGUCCUCCGUCGUUCUUUUUACACUGGUGAUUCUAGAGCAUUUUAGGCACUCGCUGUUGACACAUGUGCCAUAAAAAAUGAAAUUUGUUAUCUUAUUGUGCCUUGUUUUGCCGACUUGUUUCGCUGCAGAAGAAACAUGCGUGGGACGCUGUCAGAGUGGCUUUGAUCCUACAAAGAAAUGCCAGUGUGAUAAAAUGUGCAAGUACUAUGGAAGCUGCUGUGUGGAUUUCGACAGUGCUUGUCGAAAAAAAAUUUCCCGUGGUGACAUGUUUGAUGUACAUGAGGAUGAUCUAACCUCUUCUGUGUCACCGACUGAAGAAUCAAAUGUGACAGCCACCACUGCUCCGCUCCGAACCACCAAAAGUUCCCCUCCUAUGUCUCCUUCAGUUCCACCUGAUCCAGAAGCCGUCACCUGUAGUGGCCGCACCUUUGACGCCUUCAUGCAGCUGAAGAAUGGUUCAAUCUACGCGUUUAGAGGGGACUAUUUCUUUGAGUUAGAUGACAAAUCUGUCAUGCCUGGGUAUCCCAAACUCAUCAAGGAUGUGUGGGGCAUCUCCGGUCCAAUUGAUGCUGCUUUCACACGCAUCAACUGCCAGGGAAAAACAUAUAUAUUCAAGGGUAACAAGUACUGGCGUUUUGAUGGUGACGUCUUGGAUGAAGAUUAUCCAAGAGACAUAUCCGUGGGCUUUGAGAAGAUUCCAGAUGAUAUUGAUGCUGCAUUUGCAAUCCCGGCUCCAGGCCAUCACGGAAAGGAAAAAGUGUAUUUUUUUAAAGGAGAGCAGUACUACCAAUAUGAGUUCAAACACCAGCCUUCCCAUGAAGAAUGUAACCGCAUGACCAAAUCCUCACCCUCUGUUGCCUUCACACGUUAUACAAAUCUGUACUGUGACUUGGAUAAUGUGUUUGAUCUGCUCUUUCAAGACAUUCACGGGCAUCACAAAGGGCCACGUUUAAUUUCCAAAGACUGGAUUGGCAUCAAACCUCCCAUAGAUGCAGCAAUGGUUGGCCGACUGUACGUCAGCCCUGGUCCCUCACCGUCUCCAGCCACCGGCCUGAGCAGGGGCCGAACUGGACGGAGAAAGAAGACCAGGGGUCGAGGAGUCAGAGUGAGCCGAUCGCUGUUCUGGGAAGACUUUGGAUUGGACUAUGAGGAAAGGUAUUAUGGAGCAGAGAAGCGUGGUAAAAAACAGAAAAAAGGACGUGGAAGACGUCCAUUUUGGUUUGACAUGAGCUAUGACCCGGAUGACUACAUAGAUAUGGAGAUUGUCCAAGAAAAGGCCACACCUGUGCAGAAUGUCUACUUCUUUAAGAAAGAUAAAUAUUACAGGGUGGACCUGCAGACUAAACGGAUUGACUACGUAAACCCUCCUUACCCAAGAUCCAUUGGCAAAUAUUGGCUGGGAUGUAAAGAAAAGGACAUGUCAGAAAAAAGAUAAGAAACAAGAUUUCCAUAUUUGAGUUGAUAAUAAAGAUUUGUUAUUGAUAAUUUUAUUGCUUAAUUAAAUGCCAUUUAUGAGGAUAAAUCUUUACCAUCAAUUUUAUAGUUCUCUGAGUAUUCCUGAUGUAUUACUGUCAGGAGCAUGGACCUUUUUUAUUGUGUGUUGCCCCUGUUUCUGUUCCUGUGUUCCCUUAUUUAGUCAUGUUCCUGUUCUCAUUGUCUCAUUAUUAGUUGAUUCUCCACACUUGUCUGCCCUCGUUAAGUUUAGUAUAAAUGUGUAGUUUGCCUCAUGUUUCCUUGUAGGGCCAUGAAUGUCUUAUUUUUGCCCAGUGUCUCCCUGUUGGCUCAUUAAAGACUCUCUUUUUGUGAAA